AUGAAGGGCUCCUUUACCACGUCGACUCUCCAAUCGAUGUCCAGAGGCACCCGAACACGCUUCCUCCUCUCCACAAGCACCAGCACAACUCACUUCUCGACCUCUAAGCCGCAACUCCUCAACCAGAACCGCCUUCUUGAUCCAAUUCGCAUCCCUCCCACCUUCCACAACUAUCUUCGACAAGCUUCGGCAUCCAAUAUUCUCCUGCUCCUUCUCUUUAGCACCUCUGCCUGCGCGUCAUGUCGCGUCAUAACUCCACUCCUCGAAGACCUCGUGCAUUCCAGACCUCAAAAGCCUAGUGACAAGUUCCAAGAGCUGAGCUUUGCAGAGGUAGAGCUAGAUUCGCCUGACAACAGCAAUGGGAAUAUGAUGGACCUGGGAGUCGAGUUUGGCGUGACAAGUAUGCCGACUCUGAUGGGUUUUGGCGGGAGGAGGGCGGAGAGGGUGACGGACAGAGUAGUGGACACGGGGAUGAUGGGCGAUCGGAGGAGGAUGGAGGCGUGGGUCGAUGAGGUGAUGCAAAAAGGAGAUCCGAGUCCUGGGGCAGGUGGUGGAGGUGGAGGACUGCUGUCGAAGCUGUUCGGCUAA